GGCAAGAAGUAUCAAUGUACAUAGUAUUUCCGAAGCUGAAAGGAGACACUCCACUAAAAUCCUACAUGAAAUCAGUGAUGGAGAAUAAAAAGGAAUUCCUGGAUCAACUAGACUAUACCAAGAUGUCAGCCUCAACAAUUAAACUUAUUAUGCCAAAAUUCAAGAUUGAGGCUCUAGUUCAACUUCAAGAUGUGUUCAAAAAGAUGGGAAUAAACCUGGCUUUUAAACGAGGUGCCGAGUUUCCUAAUCUUGCUAAAACUGACGGGAUCUUCAUCUCCAAAAUAUUGCAUAAAGCUUUUAUUGAGGUAAAUGAAGAGGGUAGUACUGCAGGAGCAGCAACAAGUGCUCUUGCAAGUAUAUUUCGAAGUGGGGGUGGUUCAACGCUCAAGAUUUUAUUAAACAGACCCUUCAUGUUCUUCAUCAAGGAUGAGAUGACGGGAGUGAUUCUCUUUCAAGGAGUUGUAAGAAAUCCAAAAUAGAACAAAAUUAAUUUUUUUGAUGUAAAAUGUCUUUCUAUCUAAAAAUAUAUAUUUCAAAUAUA